CUUUGAAAGGUCAACGGCUAAAAUCAAAGUUUAAGAGCUCCUCAAGUUGCAUUCCUUCUUUUUUACCUACUUGAAAACGAUAACGCGUCCCAUGGCCGUCGUGGUGAACUUUCUCCCUUACAGGAAUUCAGACCGACACUUACUUAUCCCGUUGUCGAUUACCAAUCUUAAUCCUCGCGAGACGAGACCCGAACCCAAAUCAAUGACCACCAUUUAACUUCGAUUCCUUUCAUCCAGCCACCGCUCUAACUUGUCCUCCUCACUUCUUACCCAAAUCUACCUCGGAGGACGAGAAAUUCAUAGGCGAUCGCGAUACUUACCUUAGAUACCUGUUAUCCACUAAAAUACACUCGCCAAUACAUAAGGAACCAUGUCUCGAAAGCACAUAACCGGCUCCACCACGGUGCGCUCCGCCGCCGAGCCCUCGUCGCAAGUACCCACGGACAUCUGCCCCGUGUGCACGCGGGUGCGGUACCUGAACAAAGACAUGGAGUUUCUCAUCAACCCGGAGUGCUACCACCCGAUGUGCACGAACUGCGUGAGCAACAUCUUCGGCAAGGGCCCCGCGCAAUGCCCCUACGCGAGCUGCACCAAGACCCUACGACAGCGCGGCUUCCGCACCCCCUUCUUCAAGGACCUGCGGGUCGAGCGGGAGGUCGACGUCCGCCGCCGCGUCCAGGCCGUGUUCAACAUGGCGCCCGAGGACUUCGUGUCCCUGCGCGACUACAACGACUACCUCCAGCAGGUCGAGGACCUGACGUUUGACCUGGUGAACGGCGACGAGAACGACCAGAGGAAUGCGGAGCAGAAGCUGCUCGCGUACGAGCAGAAGCACAAAGACGACAUCGAGAAGAAUAGGAAAAGGGGGCGCGAGGCGGAUUCCCUCCGCAGACAGCGCGAGGCUGCGGAGGCGGAGGCCGCGCGCCAGCGCAGACUCGAGGAGCAGCGGGGGGAGGAGCGCGCACGCGCCGAGGAGGCGUCUAUCAACGCGGAAGUCAUGGAGGCGCUGGAGCGCGGGGAGCCGGGGACGGCGGCGGAAAUCCAAGCGCGCAUCAUCGCGCAGAAGCGGGCUCGGGUGGCCGAGAUCGCGGGGUCGCGCUUUUCCAGCCUUCUUGGCAACAUCACUGCUACCGCCACUACUACCACUACCACUACCACCGGCGGCAUUCCCGGUUCGGGUUCGGGUUCGGGUUCCGAUACGCUGCUCUCGAUCCGCGGGCUCAAAGACAAAAACAAGCGCGACGAGGACGCGGAUUACUACUUGCGGCCGUACGACGCGUUCGCGGGCCUGGACCUGAAGCCCACGCGGUACGAGCUGCGGGACCGGUACGACAACCCGUGGCUCGAGGACGCGCGGACGCGCGACGACCACCGGGUCCCCGGGUACAGCGCGCGCGAGUACGAGGCGCGGGCUAUGUUCGACGCGUUUGCGGGGUUGGGCGUGUUUAUUGCGGAGGAGAAGAAGAAGGGUGAUGAUGAUAAAGGUGGUGAUGGUGGUGAUGGUAAGCGGAAGGUAGUGGGGACGGUGGUUGCGGUGGAGGGGGCGAGGAGGAUGGUGGGGAAGGUUGAAGAGGAUGUUUUUGCUUAGGAAGCACGAAGAAGAGGGAGGCUGUGUUUGUGGAGGGAGGUUUAUGCGGCGUGAGAGGGAGCAGGAAGUGAGGAAUUUCCAGCCCAAUAUCGAUCUUAAUUAUUAUGGUUUAGAGAAAAGGGGGUAAGGGGUAGCGGUAGACGAUACAUGGACGGUGCGGUGCAUAUUGCCCGUCAGCGGCGAUGAUUAUCAUGUGUUGCGUACUUAAUCUAUACACAAGUACAGAAAUACCUACGCACGCCAGACUAGGAAGAAAUAAGGAGGACAAAGAGUCUGGUAGAAAAAGUAGUGCGCUUUCGAUUUGCAUAGCGACGGCGUUUUUUUCAGGUACGGUGUUCCCGGCAUGAUGGGGGAUUAUAACAAUUAUAAGAAUAAGAAUAAGAAUAAGAAUAAUGUAAAUAGAGACAACUGCUGCAUUGCGAUGCUACUGAAAAUUUAAAAAUACAUAAAUAAAGAAGUAAAUAAUCA